AUGGCAACAUCUUAUGCUCUUCGUCUCUUCUGCAAUCUCUCAUGUUCCAUCUUUCUUGCGUCAAUCAUCUCUCGGUCCUGGAACGUCAUCGCCGAUUCCGGGCUAGUUGACAAGGUCUACAAGCAAGCAUCUGAUUACAAAUUUUGCAAUGACGCUCUUAACUCCGAUCCGCGCACGCCAGGCGCUGAUGAGAUCACACUAGCCUAUGUGGCCUUCGGCUUGGCGUAUCGUAAGGCUUCGAGCACCCAACUCCAGAUAACUUCGCUGCUCAAUAACUCGACCAGUCCAGUGCACGAGCACCUCGAGCAAUGCCACGGAGAUUACGUAACGGCCAUCGCAAAAAUUCAAGAGGCUUUAACAGACUUGGACUCCGAGACCUACGACGGGUUGGCCGGCUUGGCGAGCAAGGCAGGCGACCGAGCGGUUGACUGCGAAUCAGCCUUUAACAGGACAAAAUCACCCUUGACUGAUAACAACAGGGAUCUCAAGGGGCUUUCAGAGAUUUGUGUUGCUGUUGCACAUUUAUUUUCAUAA